GAACAGUAGGGACCAAAAUGAAAUUUGGGUUAAGAAAGUGACCGAGUUGCAAUUUCAACAAAUGCAGUGUUCUCUUUGACUUGAUAGAACGCAGCUCUCGGAAACUCAGAUGGCAAAAGGGUUGCAGCUAUUCGUUAGCAGGUUAUCAUUUUACACUACGAAUGAACAGUUGAAGAAUCUCUUUUCACCUUUUGGCGCUGUUACCGAAGCUAGGCUUGUUAAAGAUCCAAGAACGCAAAGGCCUAAAGGUUUUGGAUUUGUUACCUUUGAGUCAGAAGCAGAUGCCCAGAAUGCAUUGAAUUCUCUUAACGGAAGGAUUGUUGAUGGAAGACUGAUUUUUGUAGAAGUUGCUGAGACUACAGAAGCUACAGAAAACAAAACAUCAAGAAAAUAAGUUUCCAUAAUUCAGCAUACACAUUGCUAUUUCAUAUUCCAGAUAAUGGGAGAAUUUUUGGCCAUUUCUCAGUCCUCCAUAGUUUUGCCUCACUUUCGAUUCCAAGCUUGGAGUCAAAGACAGCAUUUCAUUGCUCAUAGUCAGCCAUUGAGGUCACUUCAUUCAUCUCCGCAUCCCUUGACUACCCCUCAGACACUGUAUCCAGAAUUGUCCACUGAAUCGAAGCAUUUCUACUGCGGGUUCAGAGCCAGUGUUGUCUCUGACUCUACAAGGCCAACUACCUUUUCUGUUGAUUCAGCUGGACCAGGAAUCGAUAUUCUGCCAGAUGCAGGUGGUGGUGGAGAUGAUUCUGGGGGUGCAAAUGGCGACGGUGGCGGCGGGGGAGAUAAUGGUGGCAAUGAGGGGGGGUCAGAUGAAGGCAAGGAUCAUAAUAGUAAAAAGAAAAUGGCCCUCUCUAUGUCCCAAAAAUUAACAUUAGGUUAUGCUUUCUUGGUUGGUGCUGGUGGUUUUAUGGGUUAUCUGAAGAGUGGCAGCACGAAGUCCCUGAUUGCAGGUGGAGUUUCUGCUUCCCUCCUGUACGCUGUUUAUGCUAUGCUUCCAACACAACCUGUUUUGGCAUCAGCAAUUGGUUUCAUCCUCUCAGCUGGACUUCUUGGAGUAAUGGGAUCUCGUUUUCUGAAGUCAAAGAAGGUUUUUCCAGCUGGUGUUGUCUCCUUUGUGUCUUUUGUUAUGACCGGUGGUUAUUUGCACGGAAUAUUGCGCAGUGCGCAUUAGAUCCCCUAAAAUGAGCCAAGUUUUGGUCAACAGACUGAACACAGAUAAUCACUAGUAUCUACUCUCUACUGUGGAUUAUAGUUUUCAUAUCUGUUUGAAUUUGGAUUUUGCGAAGUUUCCUAAGAGUUGUCGGGCUGCUUGAAGUAAACUAAUGUUGUAUCAAGGGAACCUUUGCUAACCCUCUUCCUCCGUCGUGUAUUCAUCCUGUCUUUGGAGAAGUUUUCCUCUA